AAGUCUAAAUCUGAGACUCGGCGGAAGUCGCGCCUGGGACCCUGCGUGUCCGCGAGGCCAAGGCGGGCGCCAGGAGUGGGCAGAGGAAGGGAGGAGCGGUGGGGGUCCACACGCCCUGGAGCGGCCCCUGCAGCGCAGGGCCCCCCAUUGGCUGGGGCUCCGGGGGUCGCAGCCAAUCCGCAUAGGGCUGGGACCCUUGAGACUCAGAAGCGAGGGGCAGCCCCCAACGGAGCCAUGGGCAUCCCUGACCCAGUGACGCCCUGGCAUCAGCCUGGUGAGGGCAGGGAGGGUGGGACCAGGGCUGGGUGUCGGGGCGGCGGUAGGAGCUGGGUGCGGGUCCGAGCGAGGGGCGCCCUUUGGGCCCCACGGAGCCCCCCUCUCCGCAGGAGCUGUCACCUUGGUGGAUGUGGGAUACUGACUCUCAGAAGCCUCCCAAGGGGAGAUUCUCAACGCCGCCCUUUGACCCGCGCUUCCCUAACCAGAACCAGGCACGCAACUGCUACCAGAACUUCCUGGACUUCCACCGCUGCGUCAAGAGCCUGAACCGGCGCGGGAAGAGCGCGCAGUCCUGCGAGGAUUACUUUCGCGUGUUCCGCUCGCUGUGCCCGAAGAGCUGGGUGAGCAGGCGAGGGGCGCGCGCGGCGGAGGCCCGGUUGUGCUCAGCCCGCCCCGCUCCUCCCUGCGCUCCUCCCCAGGGGCAGCGCUGGAACGAGCAGACCACGGAAGGGACCUUCGCGGGCAAACUGAUGGUCUGAGCUCGGCGUAGCAGCCUCAGUGGCCGCCGCGCGCCUUCUCUCUCGUGCCCCAGGGACGCGGCCCCGGCCGCCCCCUCCCCCAGCCGCUGCCACAAAUAAAGCUCUGCCGCGGCUGACCUU